CAGCUCUGUCUCUCUCUGCCUCUCUCUCCCCCGGUUCACUCACUCAUCGAGUCUCUUCUCCUUUGCGCGUUGUCUUUCCCUCCCUCUCUCCGCUCAGCUCUGUGGAGUGGAGCAUCCUCAGAGGUGGCUGACAUCCUCCAGCACAGCCAGGUGCUCCACCUGAGCGAUGCGACCCCUCUCCAACUGUUAACUGCGUCUGGUGCCCUUUGGAGGAGAGCCUGAACUGCCUUUGCGCAGCAACCGUUUGUUUAAGGAAAUAAAAGUACGAGGGCGCACAGUGUUUUUACGCAUGGAAGUUGGAAUCAGCCUUUCUACAUUUACGCAUGGCUGUGACUCGUCUCUCCGAGAGAUGCGUCCGGGCUUAUGAGAGCGUGUCAGGGCGUCAAGAGCGGGAUAAAAAGUGAGCAACGAUGCGGGGCACUGAGCUGCUGCUCGGCUACUUUCUGGUGAAAGUUAUGGUGUGCGACGCGGAGGGCGAGCCGGGUCAGACCGUCGACGACUUCCUAGUAGUGACCGGGUUCAACGACUCAAAGGAAGGAGAGAACGAGGUGACGGAGAGCCCACACAUGGAGGACAAGUGCCUUGGCUACUACGACGUGAUGGGUCAGUGGGAUCCGCCGUUCGUGUGCAGGACGGGCAGCUACCUGUACUGCUGCGGCACCUGUGGCUUCAGGUUCUGCUGCGCGUUUAAAAGCUCCCGGCUGGACCAGACUACCUGCAAGAACUACGACACCCCGCCGUGGAUGAAGACAGGAAAACCCCAGCCGAAAAAGGACGUGGCGCUGGACUCCACGAAGGAUAAAACCAACCUCAUUGUGUAUGUCAUAUGCGGGGUCGUGGCCAUAAUGGCACUGAUAGGAAUUUUCACCAAACUUGGUUUGGAAAAGUCGCACCGUCCUCACAGAGAAAACAUGUCAAGAGCUCUCGCGCAUGUUAUUCGCCAUCCUGCCUCCGAACAUACGGACGACAUCGGACUUGGCCAGCACUAUGAGAACAUACAGACCAGACUCACAGUCAACAGUCUCCACAACAACCAGAUGAACAACCUGGCUAAAACAUCCACUCUGAUAGUACAGCCCUACCCGGCUGUGGGACCAAUCACUAGCCCCUAUGAGCAACCGACGCCUGUCAAGGAUCUGAACCAGUAUGCCACGCUAAAGGCCGUGGAGAAAGCUAAUGACAGCUUCUACGGCAACCGGCGGCAACUGAUCGAGAUGACAACCAAGGGCAGCCUUCCAAUGGAAGCUGUGGAUAUGGAGCCAGAGCCGAGUAAUCCUUAUAGCCCGCCCAGACAGCUGUCUGCAAAGCAGAACGGACACAAGUACAAAAGCCCCAAGAGCCGCAGCUCCCAGUCGCUGUCCUACAGCUCCAACACUGCUGUCAGCCCAGGAGGGCUACGACCCUGGGACAGCAAGGACACGCUGGGACUCCGACACAGCUAUGGCACAAAGAAACUGUGUAUCAUAGAGAAGGAGCUGCACACCACCCGCUACCUUCCUCCACAACCAUACUUCGUUACCAACAGCAAGACAGAAGUGACCGUAUGAGGGACUGACAAAACAUCAGACUUAAAAAGAGUCUGCAUUUAAGAAAGACAGUAGCUGCUGACUGCGGGUGGUGUUGAAAGAAAUCAGCAUGGACCCUACUAUGUGCAGGCGUGCAUGCAAUGGGCGGCAUAUAAGACGCCAUGCCUCAGGAGGGCACAGUGAUGGGUAUGUUGAUAUUCAUAUAAUCCAACAGUUACAACAAAACAUAAAAGUAUAUAACAGUGAUGAGACACGUGACACAUACAGAACUGUCAUCAGUAUUUAUGGGGAUAUCAGCAGACCUUAAAAUGAAAGUAUAUUAUAUAAGUCCUUUCAACAUUGUCUUAAUGAGAAAGCCUUCCUUAUUUAUCUAAUCAAGGUUGAGUAGCCUGUGGUUUAUUGGAUAUUGACAAAAUCCUUUACCGGCCAAUUUAUAGAUACUGUCUGAAAAUGUUUGACACCGUUCCGCUGUGAGAUAGAUAGUGCAGUGUCCAGGGAUGAUGCAUUUGAGAAAAUGACCUUAUAAGCAUUUUGUUAAUCUGUUAAUUUGAAAAUGUGAGCAGAAACAGUUGGUCACACACAACGUCAAAGACAAUGGCUAUCACAGGCUUAAGUAAGCACUGUUUAAAUUUAAGAAAGGAGACAUAAUUUUUGUCUAAACGUAUGUUUUUCAGGUUUGUUUCCAAAAUGCUGUAGCUACAUCCAUUUUGGAGAGUCAUUAGUUUAUUAUUCAGUGUCUCAAAACUAUAGAGGACUCAGUCUGUGAAAGUGUUGCUGUUGACAUAAAUGACUUCAAAUUCAUUAAAAGAUCCAUUUGAAUUUUGUGAACGUGGUGUCACUUCUCAAAAUGGUAGAUGUCUCCAAAACCCUCCAGAAAUGCAUCCAAACAAUGUUACUGCUGACAGACAUCCAUCAGAUACAUAUAUUUCUAUGAUCACUAGGAGAAGUAGCUGCAGAGUAUUGAACCAGUGUUGUAUUGGUGUAAUAGUGCCUCUCAUCAGUACCAGCAUGUGUGUGAUUAUCCUAGAAUAUACUGUAGACGAAGCCCCAGUGUUAGAAUAUUCAUCGGUCUAGUCGUCCAUUAUACCCCCAAUAAAAGUGAAGAUGGUGACUCAGAGUUUGAUUCAUGGUUGAAACUCUCAGCUUUUAUUACAAAUCAAUCCUUAAAACUAAUUUUUAUUGAAUGUAUCUGGUCCGGACAGUCUGAAACCAGUGGUACAGUAGCAGUUGAUGUGUCCAGUUUGGGAGUUGAUGGUUAAUUAACUUUUUGUCAGGAUUGAAUGUAAAAUAUUAAGUAAAGUUUGUUUUUUUUUUCUUGGUCAAUAUUCAUAUAAAUGGGUCAGCUAAAGACGUAUAAAAAUUUUUGUCUGACUGACACUUGGAACUUGUUGAUAUUUACCUGCUCUUGUGGUAUUUUAGUUAACUAUAAAAAAGUGUUAGUUUUAAUAUUGGUCAUUACUUCUUAUUUCAGCUUAUCACAUUCCAGGGGCGACGUCGCUCCAUGUAUUCCAUUAAUUACGUAGCCUAUGAUGGCCGGAUGCACGUGCAGCCCGUCACCAAUGGCAUUUUGUCUAAAACAGGGUUUUUACAGGGACCACACCUGUAGGCAGUCUUUGUGUGAUCGGGGUCUUACUCAUGCCGCUGACUAUUUCAAGCAGCUGAGGAAAAGGCAGCACUCACACAAGUGGGAAGUGUUAACUUCUAGUAUAAAAAGGUCUAUUUGUGUAUUAUCAAGUCUAAAUCGUAGCCGUUUUUAUUCUCACAGACUUCCAACCAAACUGUAUGCACAAUUUCCCUAAAAACUCUAUAUCCAGUGCACAUAAUUAACCGACUGUUUCAGUGUUUCACCAAUAUAUGAAAUCUUUUAUUAACACUGUUCGAACUCAGCUAAUUCAGCUGUUAAUUCAGAUCGGAUCUUUAUUGACAUAAACAGUAUUGUAUAGUUGCUACCACUAAUUGUGUUUGUUUUGUGAAUGCAUACUGUUUGUUUUUAUUCCUCAAAGAUACUGAAAUCACUAUCACUGCUAUUAAGCUACAGUAUAUAUUUACACAUAAAGAUCUACUGUAAUACUGUCAUAAUAACAUCAUAUGUAUGAUAUCAGUUUGCUUUGUGACAUCACAGCAGCAAUGUUAUUGGAGUAAAAUUUGAAGGAAAGCCCCCUAUGGUCACCGGUCAGGUUACUACUUACAGCUAUGAAUUCUUUGUACCACUAUUGGCUCAUUAUCCGAGUAUGCAUUUGAUUACCUAACUGCUCAUCAAUGUUGUUAUGCAUCACUUUGGUUCAAGAUGCCCUGUUAAAUAUAUAUUCACCACCUCUGUAUCUGACAGUUCACAUCCUCCAGUUAUUCUGGAAAAUGACUGAGAAUUAAAGCGUUUUCCAUACAUUGUGUAGUAAAAUAUAAAAAAACAAAAAACAAAAACACAUUGUCAGUGUCUUGCAAAAACUCUGAAUCUCUAAAAUGCCUCUUUUGUUGUUUUGAGUGAUAUGAAAUUACAGUUGAAGCAGUGAUUCAGUUUCGUCGUGGCAUUUUCAAAUUGUUUCAGUGCAGUCCAGAAAAGGCCAUGGUUCAUGAAACAUUUUUUAAAUGUGGAAAACCUCUAUGGCUGCCUUUUACAGCGAUACAAGGUUUCUGUAAGGUAGUGCACGGCAAACACGUCAACUUAUUUUCAUGUAUUAGAUAUACGAUCCGAGUGUAGCCUACCUUGUACGAAGGAAAUUGACAUGAGCAACUGUAGCACAACGUUAGUGGACUUUGUUUACCUGUUAUUUGUAAGUUAAUUGGUUUCAGUAAAGCACAACAGCUCUUUAUCCUUUUGUUCAACUGACUUACCUCUUUCUUUAAGAUUAAAAAGAAAAAAAAACAACAACCAUUUGGCCGAUGGUUGGGUCCCGUGUGCCAGCAGCAAAAAAGAAAAAAAAAGAAAGGAAAUGCAAUUAAUCACAAAAACAAAACAAAUUCUACAGCUGUCUGUAGCAGUUUUUGGUGCUUAAUAAAACCCUUUUGUUUUUUUCUUCCUUUUAUAAAUUCUUAUUCUUGGGGGUUCUAUGAGCUGUUCCAACAACACCGCACCAGAUGGUAUCAUAUUAACAUGGAGGGGCACUUGAGUGGAGCCAAAAGACCUCCUCGGUAUAAUAUACUACAGUUUAUGGGACUUUCUGUUGAAGUGUGCUCCAGCUGUGAAAAGUGACGUGUCAUUAUACUGUCCAAAUUAAAAAUUAUUUUUAAUAAC